CCCGGCCCCGCCCCCCGGGGUAUUUAGGGCUUUGUUUCUCCCCCGGCCGGGGCAGCUGCGGCGAUGUCGGAGGCGGAGCUGGACGGGGAUUUCCAGCGUCUGAUGGAGCUGGCGACGGCGUUCAUGGGGUCGCAGGUGCUGUUCACGGCCUGCGAGCUGGGCGUGUUCGACGCCCUGGACCCCGCCCCCCGCGACGGCCCCGCCCUGGCCGCCGCCCUCGGCCUGGACCCCCGGGGGGCGGGGCUUCUGCUCGACGCCUGCGCGGAGCUGGGGCUGCUGGGGCGGGGCCCGGACGGCGCCUACGCCCUGAGCCCCGCCUCCCGCCAGCUCCUGGCCGCCCGCAGCCCCCACACCCAACGCGCGACGCUGAGCUUCCUGGGCGGGGCCACGAGGGCCGUGUGGGCGCGGCUGGGCGGGGCCGUGAGGGAAGGGCGGAACCAAAACCCGGAAGUGCUGGGCGUGGCCACGCGGGAGCCGUUCGCGGCCAUUUACAGGACCGAGCCCGAGCGUCUGCUCUUCAUGCGCGCGAUGCAGGAGACCUGGAGCCUCUGGGCGGGGCCGGUGCUCGCGGCCUUUGACCUCUCGGAGUUCCGGGUCAUAUGCGACGUGGGAGGAGGAUCCGGCGCCCUGGCCACCGCCUGUGCCCGCCUCUACCCCGGAAGUGACGUCACCGUGUUCGAGACACCGGAGGUCGUGGCCGCCGCCCAGGAGCACUUCCGGGAGCCGGGGGAGGCCCCGCCCAUCCGCUUCGUGGGAGGCGACUUCUUCCGGUCGCCCCUCCCCCCCGCCGACCUCUACAUCCUGGCCCGGGUCCUGCACGACUGGGGCGACGGCGCCUGCGCGGAGAUCCUGGGGCGCACGCGCGGCGGCUCCGCGCUGCUGCUGGUGGAGGCGGUGCUGGACCCGGAAGGGCGUGGCCCGCUUCCGGCGCUGCUGCUGUCGCUCACGAUGCUCGCUCAGGCCGCGGGCCGCGAGCGCACGGAGGCCGAGUUCCGGGCAAUGGCGGCGGCCGCUGGCUUCCGUCACUUCCGGCUGCGCUGCCCGCGGGGCCCGUUCGCCGCCAUGCUCGCCCGGAAGUGAGGGGGCGGGGCCCGGCGACGUCCCGGGGCGGGGCUGCGGAAAACUGCAAUAAAUGAGAGUGAAAAUGUCAA